AUGGCGACCAGCAGCAACAGCAGCACUGUACCCAAGGCCAAAUUUAUAGCAGGCGGCAAAUACAAACUAGUGCGGAAGAUAGGGGCUGGGUCUUUUGGGGAUAUUUAUCUGGCAAUAAACGUCACUAAUGGGGAGGAAGUGGCAGUGAAGUUAGAAUCUCAGAAGGCCAAACACCCCCUGCUACUCUAUGAAAGUAAACUGUAUAAGAUACUUCAAGGUGGGGUUGGUAUUCCUCACAUUCGCUGGUAUGGCCAAGAAAAAGACUAUAAUGUGCUAGUCAUGGACCUUCUGGGUCCCAACCUUGAAGAUCUUUUCAAUUUCUGUUCAAGGAGGUUCACCAUGAAAACUGUCCUUCUGUUAGCUGAUCAAAUGAUAAGUAGAAUUGAGUAUUUGCAUACAAAAAAUUUCAUUCACAGAGAUAUUAAACCAGGCAACUUCCUCAUGGGUAUUGGGCGUCAUCACAGAAAAUUAAAUCAAUUGUUCCUUAUUGAUUUUGGUUUGGCCAAAAAGUAUAGAGACAACAAAACAAGACAACACAUACCGUACAGAGAAGAUAAAAACCUUACAGGCACUGCCCAGUAUGCCAGUAUCAAUGCACAUCUCGGUAUUGAGCAGAGUCGUCGAGAUGAUAUGGAAUCACUAGGAUAUGUCCUGAUGUAUUUUAAUAGAACCAGCCUUCCAUGGCAAGGACUAAAAGCCACAACAAAGAAACAAAAAUAUGAGAAGAUCAGUGAAAAGAAAAUGUCCACUCCCGUUGAAGUUUUAUGUAAGGGAUUUCCUGUAGAAUUUGCCAUGUACUUAAACUACUGCCGUGGUCUGCGCUUUGAGGAAGCCCCAGAUUACAUGUACCUAAGGCAGCUAUUUCGCAUUCUCUUCAGAACCUUGAAUUUACAGUAUGACUACUCAUUUGACUGGACAACGAUAAAGCAGAAAGGGCCACAGCCAGCAACCUCUUCCAGUGGGCAGGGGCAAAAGGGCCACCAUCCCCCCCCUGGUUUGUAA